UAGUGAAAACCUAGUGAAAAUCUUAAUCUACCCUAGUGAAACUGGAAGUGAUCGACUUAGCGAUUCAUAACAAUGCUCGAUAGAAAGCUAUAAUGACAUUUGUUUAGCAGGUUCAGUUUUCCUACACGACAAUCUCCAUGUCCUGUUCCUGUUUAGUGCGACGAUUACGCAGGCUGAAUUAAUAAUUUUAAACAUUAAAAAAUGAUUUUAGUUUUGACCAGUCUAUGCAUUUUUGUCCUGAACUCGAUCACAGCGGCAGCAGCGACACCUUCAGUUACGUUUCGCUACACGACCGAUUUAUGUGGCGCUGGCGCCACAACGACCAAUGCAACAAAUAUCCUGCUGCCGCCGAAUGACCUCCAGCUGGAGGUCACACCUGGAGCAAGAUUUUUCCUUCCGUCUGAAGAGGGAAAGUUUCCACCCUUUUGCCCGGAAUUAGUUAUGGAGAAUAGUGAGACAGUACAGCGGAAAAUCCUGGGCCGCCAUGAAAUCGUUGUUCACAGCACAGCAAUGUCCCUGGAGACGAUCGAGAAGGCGCUUAAAGAUGCCUGGGCGGGUCCUAACGGAAAGGCGCGCUACCCUGAGGUGGCAGGCGUUCGAAUUGUCCGCUUUGACGAUAUCGGAUUCACCACUACCGCUAGUGAGCCACUGACCAAGAUCUCGUAUAUCGUCUAUUUUGAAAUACCCACCUGGCAGCUCGAUGUGUAUAAAAACGUCUUUGAUGCGCACCGUACCGCUUCAGCGGUCCCCGUAACAGCACCAUCCAUCGAGGCCGUCAGGGAGCAAUUAUCCAGUAUCAGAGUGACCUUAUAUAGCGGCGUGAUUAUUCCCGAGAUGUUUACCCUACUUCAGGCAUCUGACUAUUCGAGCACAGGAGAGCUGCAGGCUGAUCUGGCCAGAAAGGUCUUGCCACCAAAAGACUCGAAACCAUGUCUUACCGGUGGCUUCAAUCUUCGUAUCAGUCGUGCGGAAGCGGUUUACGUUCGUGUGAACACCAGUUCGCAAAAUUUUCUUGUGCUUAAUUUGACCUUGGCAUUUUUUUCCGUCAAUAUUAAUGAUGCACAUUAUCUGGGAUACCUACCAGAUACUAACCGGGUUCCAUCAGCGUAUACCCUAUAUUGGCACUCGUACUUAGCCUUUUACCACAGCAUGGAACCGUCAGCGCUGGUGGUGCCGCUUUUCUCCACGCCGGUGUACGGUCUUAAUGCUGUACCUAUCAAGGUUCAGUACACGGAGUACAUUCAAGAUUAUCUCAACAAGCGCCUUGAAAAAGCUUUGGGUCUAAAUACGACGAAUGCCUUCAAAAUCACCUUGUGGUUCAAUUUCACCGGUAAUGGUACACAGCCGCAAAUAGCCAUCCGGACAGUACUGCCGCACGACCCAAAAGAUGCCCAAAGCGUGCACAGAAUCUACUAUCUGGAUCCCCGUCUACCCUAUGUCAAGCGAGUGUUCGACCGUCUUUCGCAAAUUCCCGUCGAUAUGACCCAGUGGGAACUGUACCAUCGUAGUGAUCCUAGCGAGAUUCGUUUGACCUUUGACGCACAGACCACUCCCCCGUCACCUGCGUUCGACCAUAUCGUGUUGUAUUUAUGUCCCGGAGACAAGCUGACGCUGGCAGAAUUCGUCGGGUGUACUGAAGGCAGUUAAUGCGUCGUUUCAAGCAGCUAAUCCAAUUGGUAUCCCGGGUGUCAUUUUGAAUGUCGCACUGGUUGAUCGCGAAGACGGAUUUCUCAGUACUGACGGUAAAAAUGUGUCCCGCUUCGUUUUCACCAUAAGAAAUCCCGGCGCAGCAUUCCAGCAUAUCUGGCGGUAUCCAUCCGACUUACAACUGGCAAAUUAUCUUGGAAUGUUUGCGAACGCUGCCGUAUCUUCUUUGCCUGUUUUCUUGCCAUCUUAACUGUUUGUGUUUACUGUUUCAUGGCAGAAACGUGUAAUAAUAAAAUAGCUGCAAAGUAAUUUGAUAAUAAGUAUUUGAAUGUGAUUGAGCAUGUCCUAACAGACCAAGGCAGUGGUCUUUAUUUACAA